AUGGGUGAUUCAGACGAUGACAAUGAUAUCCGCAGGACGAGGGAUAAGUUCCGACGCGAGCGUAGUGACGUUGACAAUAGGCGGGAAAAACGUGAACCAUUUGAUGAUCGUGCAGUUGCUGGGCAUUCAAAUGCUCCCCGAUCACGUCCUGAUCGGCGUCCAUCAGAUUAUCGUUCGUUUGGUGGCCCACGAGAUCGGCCAUCUUUCGGCAAUGAACCGCCAAGCAAGAGGCCUCGUCGUGUCUGGAAUGAUGAUCAUCGACCAGCCUUUCGCUCGAGAGAAACAAAGAAGGAUUCUAUGGAAGAUGAAAUGAAUUACAGACCACCCCUGAUGCCUUUUAAGCGGUUUCUGGAACCCUUGGAUGAUUUUAUUACCGACGAGGAGGCCAUUGCAAAGUACAAGGAAUACAAGGAGUCGUUUAACAAACGCUACAUUGAGGAAUUUUUUGAAGCGCAUAAAAAUGAAGAAUGGCUUCGGGAGAAGUAUCAUCCAGAUUUCAUUGAUGACACUCGUGAGCAAGUCACCAAAAAUAUCCGUCAGCGUCUUGAUGUCUUUUUGGAUCUGUUUGAUAAGGGUAUGAUCGACAAUCAAUCAGUCGAUAUGGAAAAUGGUAAAAACCUGAUAAAGCUUAUGGAUGCGGUCGUAAUAAAGCUAAAUGGAGGUACUGAUGAUGAUCUGGCAAUAUUGGAUAACCCCGAAGCCACAGAUGACGACCGUAGGAGUCCAAAAGAAAAGAGUGGUCCCAAAAGUGAAGGUGAGGAGUCCGAUUUUUAUUCCGGUGAAGAGGUGGAUGCCCGCAAGUUUACCGAGAAGCGCAGUCCUAGAGCGGUGCCUGUCGAAUCAAAACCUGAACAGACGGCGGUUGGCAAUGAUUGGACCGGUGUGAGCAGUGAGAGUGAAUCUGAGGAGAGGCCAAAUCCACAAGAUAAUAUUCAUGAAGAGGAAGAAGAUUACGGCGGAGACACUAAGGAAUCAGAAAAUGAAGACGGCCAUCAGCCAGUAUUCUGCAAGUUUAACAGAGAUUUGUUUUAUAAAACCGGCGCUUUGAUGCACCGUAGUGGCGUAUUUUUACUUGAUGCUUUCGUGCUCUUAUUUGCUGUUUUAUUUUCAGCUCAUAUGAGGAGUGUUGAUGACAGGGAGAAAUCCGAGGAUACCAAAAAUGAUAUUAAAGUGGAGGAUAGGGAUGUUUCAUCACCCCAAAAUGCUGAUAUUACAGAACAUUCUGGAGAUAAUAGUGUCAUUGCUGGUGGAUGUUUACUGACGACGGAAAUUGAUCGACAAGCCGGUUCCAAACGCCAGCCUCCACGACGAGACCUUCAUAAAACCGCGUCAAUAUUUUUCCGCUGCUUGCCCCCAACCAUAACACGGAAGGAAUUGGAGGACAUGUGCACAUCACAACCGGGUUUUAUCCGCUUAGCUAUCUACGAUCCUAUGCCAGAGCGUCGAUUUACGCGGCACGCCUGGGCCACCUAUGAACCCAACGCAAACAUCAAGAAGAUAUGCUGGGCUCUCAACACAAAUCCUGUUUUGCGGGAAAAGUGGCAUCAAGGCAAAGAUUCAAAUGACCUCUGCGCCACUGUAAAUCGUGAAUUGGCUCAGCGCAUUCGCCCAGUAUCCGCUGCCCUAACGCGUCACAGACCGGUGAUGCGCAAUGACCUGCGGAUCGCCUCACGACUUGUCGCACAGUUGGACACCAAGCACAGUCUCUGGUCUCUUCCAGGGGACGAGGAGGGUGAUGCCGUUACCAAUGCUUGUCCUGUUCCUGGUUUGCCCGGUGUGUUUUCCGCAAAUCCCUUGAUGCGUAAUUUGACUGAUUUUCUAGUCGAUGAGACUGCUUCGGAGGAGGAGGCUAUGCUUAACCGGAGUACCGGUAAGGCAAUUGAUAUUAUUGAUGGAGAAGGGGACAAGACUGCCUCUUUCAGUCCCAUCGACACCGAUUCCUCUCUGCUGCGUGCUCUUGAUCGCCUUAUAAUUUAUCUUCGUAUUGUCUACUCAAUUGACUAUUAUGCUGCGACACUCUACCAGUUGGAGGACUUGAUGCCCCAUCGUUGUGGCAUUUUCCACGCUCGUGGCACGCUUGACUCUCGUGGUUCCACAACUCCCACCGUUACUCAACGCGAGGUCAACGAUUACAUCAGUACGUUCAACGAAAAAAUGGCCAAUUUACUUGAUGUCCCCCGUGACUUGACUGAUGAGGAAAUUGAGGCUCUUGGUGCAAGAGAUCCUGAGGCCGCAGCUGAGGCUUUUAUUGAGGCGAAUAUCCAGAAGCGCACAAGCAAGAAAAAACCGUACGUACUUUAUUUGCUCUCCGGAUUUCGUGUCCUCAAGCGAAUGACAUUAUGUGUCAUCUUAGAUGCAAGGUCGUUUGGGUUUGUCCUUUAUCAGACAAGAAGUUUCGCCAUCUUUUUUAAUAACUUCCUGCGUGAUCCGAAACGUCCAUCAUUGCCGGAGGCUCCCCGUCACCUCAUAAACCGGUUCUACCCUCCACCCACUUCUGUUGGUCCCAUUGGGGACACACCCGGAAUGCGUGGGCGAAAUAUUGGCGGCGCUUAUCGAGCCGGCGGUGGUUAUCGGGGUGGUGGUGUCUAUCGAACUAACUCGAUGCCAUACGGUCCACGUGAGUAUUUUGGGAGUGAUGGCAGUCAUCAUGGAAUUCCGGCUACCGCGGUGUCUGGGGCAGCUAAUAUCUAUAGCAGCACCAAUCAGGCUGAGAUUUACGCACUCUCCGGCCACAAUGGUGUUCGUGGAGGUAGUCCACGCGGUGUAGGUGGCUAUAAGGAUUACAACAGCCGCAAGAGACUCUACCCUGACCAAGGUCUGGGGGACGUGGUGUUAUUUCUUACAACGAUUUGGAUGACCCUGGUAACGACGGUUUUUGAGUUCGUCGUUUGUACAUUACAAGUAUGGUCGGUGCGCAUUUCUUGCAAGAGAGGCUUCUCCUGGGGCAGUCCUGUUUUAUGUGCCCUAUUCUAUGUGGAAUGUAUUGAUUUGGUGUUGUGUACCUGUAAAAUUUUAUGCACUUUGGUCCACUUGACUCGGCUAAUUUGCUCUUUGGUGGGCGCUUGGGUCGAUUCCGGAUCUUGUUGGCCGUUGGGCCAGGCCGUCUCCUGGUGUGGGCCCACAAACGCAGGUCAGCCCUCCCUCAAUGAGGAUGUUGAUAUGGAUGUUUCAUGCAUUCAGAGCCCCAACCCACCUCCGUCUACCACGUCGGACGUAAUGGAGGUUUCCAUGUGUAUUGACGAAACAGUUGAAAUGACCAGCAACCAUCUCGAGUCUGAGCUCGAACCACCGGCUGAUGACACAGCUGACGUGAGCAUGGAGUGUGGUGUCAGUAAUGGAUUCGAUGGUUCCGUCAACAUGGAGGCAGAAUCUAUGGUUCUAGAGGAUUCAAUUAAGUCGGACUGUGUAGAGCGUGUUGCACUCAGCACAGAAUCUGCUGAUUCACAUUCCAUUGAAACGGUCACGCCACCUUCAUUUGGCGUUGAUUUAAGUUCUGAGGUGGACAAUCUCCAGGUGGGACCGAAGGAUCAUUUCCUGAGUUUUGAAAAGUCGCCAUUUGUAGCUGAGAGUCGUAUACCGGUCUCACCUUCUGAUUGGGAGGAAGAAGAGGUGGCGAGGAUAGAGCCGCAGGAUCAUUCACAGUUUUCGUCUCCCAAAUCAGCCUUCUCCAACCCUCUGGAGGAGUUCAACAAAAUCCGACCUGCUCAAGCCGCUUUCGAUGUUCCGGGCUCGGCUAAGCAACCACCCCCAAGAUCACUGGGCCCCCUAUUUACGCCUAUCCUUACUCCCAUGCUCUCUACUUCAAUGAGGACUCCCUCAAAACAUGUGCUUCCAUCGGAGGAGUUUUUUAUUGCAGGCAUUGGUAAACAUGAUCUAUCAAUUGCUAGAGACAGGAGGCUCACCGAGCGAUUGUUAACAAACUUUGAAUUUCUUCGCGCCAUCUCCACGCGUGGCUUUGGUCAACUUAAAGUCGAACCACCCGUGGUUUUGCGGCAACGCGUGACCGUGGAGGAGUUCAUAAACGAUAUGCUGGAGCUGAAUGUAUUGACAGUUAUAAAGGCGUCAUCCUUUGGAUUUGUAUUUGAAAAAGCCCUUCCCAUCGAGUCCUGGAAGGCAGGAAAGCUGGAUCCAGCUGCGGAACAGUACCUUCAGACCUUUUUGGAUGAUCUUGUAACGUUUUACGGACUUCAUGCGAACAGCCGGACCGUGGCAUACAAAAGCAGAAUGGGACAGUUAGUGGAUUUAGCGUUAACAGAGCAGACCAAGUCAGCCGACUUUGGGUUGAAUUUCUUGAAGGAGUUCAAUGAAUUAUCCAUUGAUGGGCCUUCAAUUCCCCUUGGGAGUAAGUUGACUCAUCCACUUUUUUGUACGUAUGCAUCACGUACAUGCAUGAUUCCACAUUACCUAGAAUCUGGAGCGUCAAUUGGAGGAGAAGCGAUAAUCAAAGCUCGUGAAAACAUCGAAGAGACAAAGGCGAAGACUGCGGAGGUCUUGAAGGAGAAGGAGGAGUUGCGCCUCCAAUUAGAAGCUCUGGAAUGUUCAAAACCGGUGAAGGAGCAGCGGGAGGGGUCAUUUCACCGCCAUCUACCGACAUCCUACUACGUGGGACUCGGUGCUUCCCUCUUCACCUUUGGACCCCUGGUGCCGCAAUCCCGCCUCGUGGAAGUUUCCCACCGCCUCUUUUCCACGUCUCAGGUCACCUGUGUCUCUGCAGAAGCCAACAUCUAUCACAUAAGCACUCUGUUUGGUCUGAUUCUUGUGGAGGUUCACUGUAAACAUCGGCAUCAAUGUGGCACCUGGUCCGUGUCAAAACAGGAGAUCCUGAAUUUCAAUAUUUUCAUUCAGGAAGGUAAUUUCUGUGUUUGCCUCAGCCCACUCUCCCUCUCGAUAGACUUAGCUCAGUUGGAUACGACAAACGAUGUUGCUGACUUCGCUGUUGACUGCUUGAAGCGGAAUUGGGCUCUCCUGACGGAUUGUUUUGUGGGUCGGACCUUGGAGGAUGCUGUAGAUAUAAUCGGCUAUCGGUAA